AUGGAGGAGGUCAGUGAUGGAGGAGGUCAGAGAUGGAGGAGGUCAGUGAUGGAGGAGGUCAGUGAUGGAGGAGGUCAGAGAUGGAGGAGGUCAGAGAUGGAGGAGGUCAGUGAUGGAGGAGGUCAGAGAUGGAGGAGGUCAGAGAUGGAGGAGGAGGUCAGAGAUGGAGGAGGAGGUCAGAGAUGGAGGAGGUCAGUGAUGGAGGAGGUCAGUGAUGGAGGAGGUCAGAGAUGGAGGAGGUCAGUGAUGGAGGAGGUCAGUGAUGGAGGAGGUCAGUGA